AUGGAGGAGGUGGACAAAAUAAUCGUUCACUCCUUGCGAGGAGUUGGUUGUGAGUUAGAUGAUGAGAUUCAGUCGCUGCGAGGUUUCUCCACAGAGAUGAUUGUUGAAGCUGUGGCUCGUUGUUUGAGAAUUAUCAACAAUGACUCAGAACUCUCUACAACGCUCCCCGGUGGCAUGUCUGCUAAGUUCCGCGUCGGAACCAGUCUCGCCAAUGCAUUGACGGAUUUAGGGUAUCGGGGAGAGAUUGGCUACCAAACUUUUCUCUACUCAAACGAGACUGAUAUUCGAAAAGUGUUGAUGUUCCUGGUGGAAAAAUUACCAAAAGAAUCUGAGGAAGGAGGAGAAGAAAUAUUAGGUUCAUCUGCACUACUUCAGAGAGCGAUCUCAGCAGAGGUGUCCAAACGUUUGCAUUCUCCGUGGGGACCAGCCUGCUUACGAGAGAGGGGUGUCAGCUGGAGGGGCAGUCCACCUAGCUGGUGUCAGGAGGAUGAAGGUUCAUUUCAACAGUUCCAUUCCUGGCUAUUGACUGUUCCACAAGAUGUGACGAAUAUUAGUAAAAAAAUACCUAAAGGAACCAAGCGGUAUUUUGACAACUUUCUUCCAUUUGUGACCAAUCUUCCCCUGAAGCACAGUGAUGUGUCUUCGUCUGUGUUAGAACACAAUGGGCGCUGUGUGUCAGCUCAGCAAGAGUGGGAAACAGAGUGGAACCGAUCAGGUCUUGCGUCAGGCCUCACAGAAGAGGGCUAUAGGCUAAAGAAGAAGCAGAAGAUUAUGAAGAGAGUUGGAGACCAACUGAGGCAGAGUCUACAGAAAGCGCGCGUAGCUGAGGCGGCCAGUGAGAGUCAGAACCUGCAGCAGCUUCUGGACUCCCUCAGUGGACGUUCAGGGGCGAGCAGGACAAAAGGCUCACGAUUCACACAUACAGAAAAGUUACAGUUUGCACAAGAUGAUAAAGCCAUUGCUCAGUUAGGUGGUGGAGAGACGCCCAGGGCAGAUACAGAAGAGGAAUUGAAGGCCAAACGUGAAGAUGAAAUCAAACGCUUAAACAAUGAACUUAACAAUGUAACCAAUGAAUUAGAUAAACUGGAAUUAAACUGCCAAAAAUUCAGAACAAACAUGCAGCAAAUGGAGGAUCAAAUACGUCAGCAAGAGAUCAAAAACACUUCUGAGGAGGAAUCAUUCAUAGUUAAAAAACGCACUAUGGAUUUGCUACCUGAUGCAGCAGAGAAUAUUGCCAAGUUACAGUCUGUGGUGGAGUCAAGCACUCAGAGAUUGGUCAGUCUAGCUAACCAGUGGGAACAACACAGGGCUCCUCUCUUACAGCAGUACAGAGACCUCAAGGAUAUCAACUCUCAGAAACAGUCUGAAGCCCAGCAGAAAUUAGAACAGAUCAAGGAGUUCCGGGAGAGGAUGAAAGCUGUAGCAGAUGAGGCAAGAAGCAAGGAAGAACUGCACAAACAGCUGCUGUCAGAAUAUGAGAGAAUGACGAAAGACGUCAACAGAUCAGCUUAUACAAGAAAGAUCAUGGAAAUAUUGUCAAACAUUAAGAAGCAGAAAUCUGAAAUUGAAAAGGUACUAAUUGACACAAAAGCAAUACAAAAGGAGAUUAAUCAGCUAUCGGGGAAACUGGAUCGAACUUUCACCGUGACAGACGAACUCAUCUUUAGGGAUGCGAAGAAGGAUGAAGCUGUGAAGAAGGCAUACAAGUGUUUGGCAGCAUUACAUGAGAACUGUGACCUGCUGAUUGACACUGUGGAGGAGACAGGAGGAAUCAUGAGGGAGAUUCGAGAGCUGGAGGAUCAGAUUGAGAUAGAGGGCAAGAAGAAGAUAUUGGCCAAUCUGGAGAAGAUAACAGAGGAUUUCCAACAGAUGAAGAAAGAAAAUAUGACCUUGAUGGCGAAAUUAAAAGGAAGUUCCUAGACUUUUUCAGACACAGGAAAUACUUGAAUAUUGCAUGGUGCUAAUUAUGAAGUCAUGGUGAGCUGGUACCUUUUUCAGACUGGUACACUUAUUGAUCUGCUAUAAUUGGAAUGUUAGCUCAACAUUUGCCCCCAACACAGUCUUCAACAGCUUUUUAUUAUGCUGCAGUGCUUGUGAACUAUUUUGCUUUACGAGAAGAACAAUACAGAAACAUUGAGGUCUUACAGAAAAGAACAAAGAGUGCACUGCUUGCAUUGACUUCUUGUGACAGCAAUAUUUCCCAUCACAUAUUCACUUCCAUGCUGUGUGUUUGAUAACCGAUGGUUUCAAAUCAGAUUUGUCAGAAUGAAACAUUAAUACAUGCUGUUUUUCACUAGUCUUCACAUAAUUGAUGUUUUCUGUAAUACCAUUGACAUCUCUGCGCUUCCAGGUUCUGUUACAUGUAUAGUUGUUAUUGUAUUUUACCUAAAUUUUGGUAUGUAAAAGUGAUACAUUUGACUCUAGUUCUUCUGAUGAAAGAUUAAUCAAGCUUCAUGUGAAAAUCUGGAGGUUGCGGACCUUAAAGUAUUCCACCGAUAACAUGAAGUCGAUCAUUGGGAUGCAGGAGAUAGCCAAUCACAUGUCCUCAAAACCGCAGCCAGCUAUCUUAACAAAUUGAUUGGAUGUUGCAACUUGCAUUCAUUGUACAAUCAAAGGCAUUAAAAAACUGAUAAAACUCUAGCUUCUUUAACACAUUUCUCCAUGUUCUGUUGUCCACAGCGCAGAUGUUGAAUUUUCCAGAAGUAACAUGCUGAAUUUGACUUUCGCACAUCGUUGCUAGUGUUGCGCUGUUUUAUUAUGAAGUCUUUAGUAUCAUCAUAAGAUUUUUCACCAAUCUUGGUGUUUUGAUUUGUCAGGUGAUGAACCAAUACAAUUUACAAACUGUUACAUUGUUUACAUUAAUGCCUGCAGUUUCCUGAAGAGAAGGCUGUGCAUGUGCAAUAAUUGAUGACGGGUGAAAAUGGAGUAAAACACAUUACAUACACCUGUACAGCCAGGUUUUCCUCGAACUCCUCGUGUGGUCUGGUACCAUCAAACUAAAUAUGUCUACAGCAAUAGAGGAAUAAUUCAAAACUCUUCCAUAUAUUAUGAAUAACAGUACUUUUGAUUUCUAAUAGUGCACGGUUUCCUGGUAAUAAAUGUUCCAGUACAAGCCAGGAUAUAAUUCCUCUACAUCCAUGCUUGUAGUGUGCCACUAGCCAGCUAAUGCUUUCCCAUAUGCGCUUAAUGAAUGCUAGUGGACUGGUUGUCAAAAACACCUUCAACAACUGAAGUUGUUACUUAAUAAUGUAAAUGUUGUACUAUAAAUUACUCAUAAUGUUCAUAUGAUCAUUUGUUUAUUGUUAAGAACAUUUGUGUAUACAAUAUAUCAAAACAUUUUCUUGUGUAUUUUGGUUUGUUUAUGAUAGCUCAGUCACUUCAUAUUCUCCCAUACCUAUGCCUUUGUUUAUUGAUGAACCACUCAAAUCAUGUACGUAACCAAAUUCUUCAGUAUUAUAUUUAUUCUUAUACGCAUGCUUGUCGGUGCUGAAUGGUCAGAAUUGAAAACUGGGCAUUAAAUCCAUGUGAAGAGUAAAGUGUAAUUGAAAAUAGCAUAAGAGACAAAUUAUUAUAUACAUGUAUGUACCGUGGUACAUGUUACUGGUCAUUUGUAACGUUUUCCCCUCUCCUGCCAAUAAACUGGUCAAGCCGACUCAUUUGUUACAACCCAAAGAUAAAUGUGUGAGUCAUGUAACUAGGUGUAAAUGUCCAUGGAAUCUUUUUAGUUUAUUCCAGUAAUAGAUUUACACAUAAAGAUUCCUCUUUAUGAAAACAAAGGUUGUGUUGAAAUAUGUAUUUGCAUUAUUGCAGAUGUGAAACAGACAAACAUGAGGUGUGACAUAUUGUUACAGCUUGUGACAUUGUUCUCUGAUACAAUUCAUCACACCAUGCUCACAGAUGCAUUUGUUAUACAUGUACAUGUAUAAUGUCCACAAAAGUAUUUUGUGACGUGUGCACAGAUGCAUUCUUGAUACAUGUAUAAUGUCCACAAAAGUAUUUUGUGACAUGUUUACAGAUGUAUUUGUGAUACAUGUAUCAAGUGUGUAGGCUACUAUAUUAUUAUAUGUUUUUUAUAUAUCUAACUACAAUGUGUAACAUGUUUAAAAAAUACAAUUUGUCAGAUACAUUUGCAGAGGAACAUAGUAAAAUGCUUUGUUCACUGGCACAUUGUGUGAUAUUGUUGUUAGACACAUUGUAUAACACUGUACUAUUAUAUACCUUGUGUAUCAUAUUGUUCAUAUAGACCACACAUGUAUACAUAAAUUUUCAAAGUAGCAUUAUGAUACACAUCUAUCUUCCGUUUCUGUUAAUUUCAUCUUUUAUCCGUAUGGAUUGUGGACGAGGAAUAUCCAGCUUUCCUUGCGUUAUUUUAUGUGUAUCUUUCAGCCCUAUAUGUUAUAAGAGACAUCAGAUCAGAUUUUCUGUGGUUCUGUGGGACGCUUGGGUAAUAUAUUCCACUGCCACAGUUCAGAGUGGACGAUGCGCCGAAGCUUGGUUUCAUUCUAGAUGAUAACUUUCUAGAUAAGUAAACCUGUGUUGUUAUCUUAUGACAGUUAAGUGUUGAGCGAUACAUAUGGAAUAAUUAGUAUAAGGUGCAUGGCUAUUGCUUAUUUAGAAGUAAGCUUUGUAAUAAAUACAGAAAUUCUAAGCGGUUUUCCCAGUACUUUCUGACAUUUGGCCACGUGAGAAAUGUGGUUGACCAAGCUGUUAGGGACAGAAUACAGACUCAGCAUAUACGUUAGCCUGUUCAUGUAUACAUCAUGGGUACAGCUCAAUAAAAACUCUG